CAUAAUCAUGUUUGAAAUGUUUCAAAUAUUCUCGAAGGGAAAUUUCGUGUAUUGAACAAGAAAAGUAACGCGUCGUAUCGACUAGCGACUGUUCGAAAACAAUUUCAAGGGAAUUUACUAUCGUUUACAAAAGCGUGGGAUAAACGAAAGGAUGUGAAACUAUGACCUGGAAUUUCGUUUUGCUUUCCAGGUGUACUUUUCAACUGCCGAACCAAUAUUAACAAUCCAAUCAACAAUGAAUGAAAGACGAGCAGAGUGCGUGUUGGGCGUACUCUACGUGUUAUCCGCAAUUUUGUCCGUGACCUCGAUGGUCAGUUUGGUCACUGUCUGGCAAUAUUGGACAUGGGCCUUGGACGUGUGUAUUAGUAUCGACUGCGGUUGCAUACUUUACUGUAUCAAUACCUUCCGCACUUUUAUGGGCGGUGACGUGAAACUUUGCCAGUUUGGAGUGUACGGUUUGAUCCCAGCAAUCCUGUUUGGUCUCUGUCUCGGAGGAUAUCACGGAUACAGAUGUUGCAUCAGUCGAAAUUUCGAAAAUCCUACGCAAAUUCAAGAAGAUGCGACCAGAAACCUGAAAGGUGUCAAUCAAGUAGCAACGGUGGUGGUUAGACGAAAAGGUAGAAAACCGUACAAACAUUGGAUACCGGUCGCAUUUCUCGCAAUUCUGAUUUGCUGUUUAUCGUUGGCGCACGCAAUCGUUAUGACCGACGGUUACUAUAAAACCUGCGAACAGUACAGAAAAAGACUGAUUCAUCUGAUGGGUUCGACGGGUCGCGAAGCCGAGGUGAUACACAAUAGGCUUGCGUGCGGGCCAAUUUUUGACUUUAUGGAUUAUUUACAGCCAGACGAAACUUAUUGGAGAGGAGAUAAACAAAUCGACACUGGUUUCGCUCUUCGAUUAUCAAUAGUAUCGACAUGGUUGAAUUGCUCUGUCUGGACAUUUAUAUGUUUGCUGAGCGUGAUCAUGGCGCGCAGAAGGUUGUGCUGUUGCUAACAAUAGUUUUGCUCGGUCACGUUUGCUUUACGAUCUCGAAAGAACUGCCAGGAAAUGCCAGGAGGAAAAUUACUAGGAACCACACGUUGUCAUUGUUGAGCAGCUUUAAUAGUAAAUAUUUCGUCCUCUUCCAAUCUCCUUUGUCGUUCACAGGGGGUAGUUGAAUCAUACGCGUUCUACCCAGUGGUACACGUAUCAUCGGUACACGUGUGCCCAUAUAUUCUAUUUUUCCUUACAUUACGUUACAUUACGUAACAUUACGUUACAGUACGUUAGAUUACGUUACAUUACAAUUGGUCUGGUUGCUUUUCAUACCGUGCACACACCAUUUACACCGUCGUAGUUUUUGCUAUCGGUACUUCGAUGCAACAGGUUCUUUAUCGUUAGUUUUUCUCUGUUUCUCGCUCCUUCCCUCAUCUGUGUAUGUGUGCAUGCGUGCGUGCGUGUGUGUGUGAGGGGGAAAGAGAGAGAGAAAAAAAGGAAGAAGGAAACAUCAAUUACCGUUAAAGAAAUUUCGAAGGGAUCAAAAAGAGUUUUAAUUGUACAAGUAUACAAUAUGACUGGUAUGGUGAAAAGGAUAGUGAAGAAAUAUUACGCAUGGACGAGCAAACAAUAAGGAAUGUGUAACUUUUACCACGCUAUCGUUCUAGCAUGUAGGCACACGCGCGCAUUCUCUGCCGCAGCCUGUUGCCUGCCUUUUAUAAUGGUGCAAGAGUAUUAUGGUUCCUAUACCGUGGCAAAGAAAUAAACCCACCCAGAGCACCUACCUUUUAUUCUAGCAAUACUGAGCCAAUAAAUCUCUGGUGGACGGGGAAAAGGGUAUAAAUCAGAAUGAUUAAAUGUACAGAAAAGGUGGAUUCAGUAUACAAUAUUAAAAUAAGGUGUUCGAUUUUGGUCAUACAAAUUUCUAAUACGCGUUUCGUCCCAUUAGACUUAGAUUUUUUUUACGGCUUACAUUAUUUUGACGAAAAUUCGGUUAAUACUGUUUUGCUCGACCACCAGAGAAUUAUAUGUUGUUGGGUGGUCGCUUAUCGUGGCAACGGGUCAGCCGAUUGUUACCAAAAUGUUUUCGAUGAUAUUUCGAUCAAAGAAAAGUUCGUUCGACUUAAUUACUAUAAUAUAUCGACGUUGUGUCGCAUUAGUUUCACUUGUUCCUGUUCGUUCUUCCGUAUUCCAACAUUACACGAUACUUUCGUAUCUACGUAUAUCUAGGAACUGAAAUUUGAACAGAACAUCGUCCCAUUAUUAAAUUCUAGUGCGAGACAGAAUUGACUCUAUUUAUCCCUUCACACGAGUAAUGUUCAUACGUAUACAUGUUUACGUAUACAACGCGAUAACACAGAGUUCAAGCUUGAAAUGCUACUUAACGAAAAAAGGCUCCUAAAAUUAAUAACGUACGUAUACGUUAACUACUAUGUACAUGUCGAACAAGUAAAUAUGUACGUGCCACGUAUCACGUACCUGCAUACACACACAAGUUUGUACACUUUUACACGAUUAGUUGAGAAUAAAUAAUCUAUCAAUUAUAUGUA